AGCGUCUUCAACAGGAUCUUGAUAAUUGGGAUAAUUCUCCACCUUCUGAUUCUCAUAACAAGAAACUUUUAGCCAUAGAAAUAUCGAUUAAUGAAGCAAGUACUAAAAUGAAUAAAAUAUUAGAAACAAAAAAAGAAACUAUCCCACCUGAAAUCUCUCAAAAAACUGAAGAUCCUUUGGAACUCUUUAAAAGAACACAAAAAGAUGCUAAAAAAAGUAGAGCAAUUGCACGUACUGAUAUUUUUAAAUUAUCUAUUCUUAAUUCGAAAGUAUAG